AUGACGACCAUCACCGACGAGGAACUUUAUCUCAAUGCAGAAGUUUUAAAGGAUAAAGUUGUUUUGAUCACUGGCGGGUCGAGCGGAGUUGGCCAGGCAACAGCUAUAGCAUUUGCAUCGUAUGGUGCAAAGGUCAUUAUUGGUGACAUUGAUGUCGCCGGUGCGAAACAUACCAUUCGCGAAUGUUUGCGUGUUGGUGGAACAAUUGGGUCCGAUGCAAUGGUACAGAAAUGCGACGUAACCUCAUGGGAAGAACAGGUUGCACUGUUCGACGCAGGCUACAAAAAAUAUGGUCGCAUCGACUUUGUCGUCCCCAACGCUGGGGUCGGCGGACCGCCAGACGGACCUCUCGCACUUACCAAAAGGACAAAGGACAUUCCUGCCAAGCCUGACACACGGACAAUCGAUAUCAACCUAACUGGCGUGAUAUACACGGUCAGACUGGGGCAGCACUAUCUUAUGAAGAAUAAAGAAAAGCCGUUGGGCCCUAUGGCGAUCAUUUUUGUGAGUUCCAUGGCCGGUAAUAACGGACUUCCUCGCGGUGAGAUAUACUCCGCGACCAAACACGGCAUCGUAGCUCUCUGUCGGAGUCUCACCGAAGACUACCGCGGGCAUGGAAUCCGUACAGCCGUAGUCUGCCCCUGGUUCAUCGAUACACCCAUUCUCAAGACUGCGAGCAGGGUCGCAUUAGCAGGUAUCCCACUCACUCCCGUCCACCGCGUCGCUGGUGCUAUUGUCUGUGCGGCGACGGAUCCGAAUUGGGAGACGAGUGGUGCUUCGUACAACCUACCUGACGACGGACUCGUUAUGCGUACAGAGCGUCAUGAGUUGACCGUUGGCGUGUACAAACUGUUGACGGAUAGAAUCAACGGUUUGAUCAAAGUGCAAACUACUGCGAACCAUUACAAGAACGUCGUAUCCGACUUGUUCAUGCUGGCUGCCCCUCACUUGACAGUCGUCGCUUUUGUCUUGCCGAUCCUCGCGUACUGGCUAUUCACCCGAUGGAUGAACAGUUAG